AGGGAGUUUAAAAAGAGUAUUAUUAUUUUCUCAAAUUAGACAUUUCCUGAAUAAAUCCUCGCAUAUUUCAUCACAGAAGAGUGUUCACGAAACACAGCAGGCAUAUAUUAAAAUUAAAGGACUGAUGGAGGUGUGUGGCGAGCCUCUGAUCCGGGCGGCUCCUGAACCCUUGCGGGACGAGCGCAUCCAGACCGCAGAACUGCUCUGUACUGAUCUGGACCUGUCUGUCUCUCUCACCCCCGAGCGGCCAGCAGACAGACGCCGGCGACAGGUGCGUUUUAAUGUGGAUCCGGUGCUCAUCACAGUGAACCCAGAACCCAGAAAUAAUCAACCCACAGCCCGGAAACCUCCGAACAAAGACGAGCAUGGUGUUGAAACGGAUCGGGAGCAGAGCAGAGAGUGUGACGGACAGCAGACACAUGAGGCGGAGCUAAACACCACCCUGGCACUGAGGGCGGAGCUUGAGGAGGAGGCGGAGCAAACCUUUGAUGCUGAGAAAGCAGUUCGGGAGAAAUUACAGAGUUCAACACUCACAAAGAACCACGUCAACAGCAAAGCAGCAGAAGGUCUGAAUUUCCCUCGCUCUCAGCAGCUGUACCGGGCCUUAGUCAGCGUCAGCCUAUCACGCGAUCAGCUCAUCAGCCAAGCACUCCAGGAUAGGCCAGCGUUGGCCCCGCCUACCGCCAGCCAGAACAAUAAGUUCUCGUCUCCACCACCAGAGGGCCCUGAUAUACUGCAGUUUUACAGUCCUGACAAGAUGCUCAGAGAGACUCCACUGUUGCCAGGCGACCACAUCCCUUUGCCACGCCCCCGGCCUGUACCUAGACCCGCCCACACAACCUUUCACCUACAUCGCCUGCACAAGCUGUGGGAAUCAUGAACUUGUGAGUGUGUGUGUGUGUGUGUGUGUGUGUGUGUGUGUGUGUGGAAAGGACAAUGUCUCUUCUGAUUGAUUGAUAUUUGUGUGGGUGUGUGUGUGUUUUGUGAGAUUUAAUGUGCAUUACUGUAUCGUUUUCAGUCUAAUGUGAAUUUAAUAUAAAAGCAAUAAAGCGUUUGAUUAAG